AUGCUCGAAGUCACCGAGCAACACCUUCACCAUGCUGACUUCCGUAUCGAUUGUCUUCGCUCUGAAAACCACCAUCUCACACUUAUCAAUGAGCACCUAGAGAACAAGUUUGCGCAGCUCCAAGGUCAAUUCAAUAUAGAAUCAUACCGUCGAGUCAUGGCGGAGCAUUCUCUCUACCAUAUGUCUCAUGAGUCUCAAAGCUACAAAACUCAACUGGAGAAAUCUAAUCUCUUAGAGAAUGUCAUUGAACAGCUCAAGGCUGUCAAUUCGGCACUAGCGGAAUCUCAGGAGGAGCAACAGAAAGCGAUAGAAAAGGAGAAACUUGCUCGCCAGGAGGAAAUCGAUCGAUUGAAAGUUGAGAAUUUCAAUCUCAAAGAAAAGGUAUCGGAUCUCAAGGCUUCUUUGGAAAUCUGUCAUCAGGAAAUGGAAGAAUUUUCGGCAAUUGAUAACGCUAGAUCCAUGUGCAAUGUCACCAAUGACAAGGGCUUUAUGGCGUUGAGAAGAUUCGGAGAUACUGUAGCGAUCCGAAGACUUUCAGGGAAUGUGAAUGUUUUGGAGCCGAUUUCGGAAGAGUUUGGAGAGGAGGGAUCUGAGGAUUCCGAGAAGAAUUGUGAUUAG